GUUAGAAUCAUUUGCAGUUUCAAACCACGGCUUGAAUACAUCUUGUUUUUUGCUUGUGAAUAUCGUAUUUUAAAAGCAUCACUAUUCGUUGAGAAUUCGCGCCACAUUCUCUGCGCACGCGAAUGAAACUUCGCCGGAAAGAUGGCAACUGUCUGUCAACAGCAGUUACGUUUUAUCAGCUACUAUGCUACUAGUUCAUUGAAAUCGAGAGUGGAAUUUGCAAAAUAUGAGAGCUGUCGCAACGAUUACGACGCGUCACGAAGAAUGCUGAGUUAUCGCGAGUGUUUUUUGCGUUGCGGCGAUUUUUAACGGACAUUACCGUUCUCCGUCUUUUCCCGCAGCACGUCGGUGGUUUCCUCGCCGUGACGUUUACCGCAAUGGCACUACAAGAGGACGAGAACACCUGGGUGUUGGAGUUAGAAGCAGCGCUUUUGGAUACAGAGGCACCAUCUGCAUCUGACAUAUAUGCUAUUUGUAAGGGCCAAUCAGUCCCUGCAAACUUGAGGCCAGAAGUCUGGCAAGCUUGUCUCUUUGUGACUGAAAGAGGUGACCAAUUAAGCCAUUUUAAUGAAGUCUUUGAUUUACCUGAACAAAAUAUCAUUCGUGAUGAUUGUCAACAAUUGGUUGCAAAGCUUGGGAAUGAUGAUGAAGACAAAGUUUCUGUAGUCUCUGAUCUUGAAUCUAUAUUAACAUUUUACUGUAAAACUAAAUGUAAACAAUAUGAAAAAGGAAAUGGAUGGUUGGAAGUACUGGGUCCUUUGAUAGCAUUAAAGUUGCCGCGUGCUGCAACUUACAAUCUUUUUGAGGCAAUAAUAGAUAUUUAUAUCCCAAGGGGUGAAACGUAUAGUUCAGUUUUACGAUUGCUGCUGCUUUACCAUGAGCCAGAACUAUGCUCUUUUUUGGAUACGAAAAGGAUAUCACCCGACCAAUAUACGAAAAUAUGGAUGAAUACACUUUUCGCCGGUGUCUGUUCGUUGCCGGCGAUUUGCACAAUGUGGGAUCUAUAUUUCAUGCAAGCCGAUCCAUUUUUCAUGCUGUUUCUCUCGCUUAUUAUGGUGAUAAAUGCCAGAGAACAAAUCUUGAGCAUGAAGGAUGAAGAUAAGCAAAGCAUAAUAGAUGCUAUUGCAAUAAUGCCGUGCGCUCUGGAAGCAGAUGACGUAACUGACUUCUGUUCUUUGGCGCAAUACUAUGCGAUGAAAACACCAACGUCAUUCAAACAAGACUUAUAUCCCGUGAUGUUUGGCGAUAGUUUGGACGAGAAGUUAAUAUCCCAUGCAUUGUGUCUACCUGUGUCGGCGCAAGAAUUAGUGGAGAAUGCCAUCGAAGCUCCAUCCGUACUUAAUAGUGCUGUCGAGUCUGUUAGAUUCUUUCUCGUAGAUUGCAGACCUGCUGAGCAAUAUAACGCGGGUCAUCUACCGACCGCGUUUCAUCUAGAUUGCAACUUGAUGCUGCAAGAACCUGCUGCGUUUGCCACAGCAGUACAAGGCUUGCUGCAAGCCCAACGUCAAGCGCUUGCAGUUGGUUCACAAGCUGGCGGGGAACAUCUUUGCUUCCUGGGAAGUGGUAGACAAGAAGAAGAUCGUUAUACUCACAUGGUAGUGGCAUCCUUUUUGCAGAAACAUACGCAAUACGUCAGCAUGGUCACGUCUGGAUAUCAAGCCAUUCAUGAAUAUUUUGGUGAUGAAGUAGUAUCAAAUCUGGUUGAUCACAAUUCGCAACAUUGUCUGGUGUGCAAUACUAAUAUAUUGGAAGAAAACUCGAAUGAGGCGAGUCCAAUUAAAGUAAAAAACAAUAAUUCGGACCUUCUGGGGAAGAUUGGAUUGGCCAUGAAACUAAAGAGCCAGGAAGUAAAGGGAAAGCUGUUCGAUUAUAUCGUUAAUCCUUCAGCAAGCGUGAAUAGCAAUAUAGAGAAGAAAGACGGCAAAGAUUUGGACUAUAUUAAACGUCAGAGAAAAACUGCGCCUGUGUUUAGUAUAGACGAUGAUCAAGAAUUAGAUAUGACUAUGACCAAUAACGAAAGCGAAGAGCCUAUUGAAGUGGUAUCUAUACAGCAAUGGAUGAAAGAUCCUAAGUUAUUACAUUCCUUCAAAUGCCAAGAAGUAAAAGUUAAUGGUGAUCUCUGUGAUAGUCAACUGCUGGUUACCGAUAGUCAUCUUAUAGUACUGCGUGAAAUUCAAGAGCGAAAAGGUGCCGCUCAUGUGAUCGUGAAACGACCCUUAACAAGCAUCGUUAAGAUAACAUCAAGGAAGCGACACGCGGAUCUGAUAACUUUCAAAUAUGGUACAACGCAAUAUAAUGACACGGUUAUUUCCGAUAUGGACAAGUUUCUUAUACCCAACGCGAGUGAAGCUACCAAAUUGAUUACUCAACAGAUUAUGAAACAAUUAAAAACAUCAGACUAAUAUAUAUCAGAUACGUAUUUUAUAGAAUAAUUUCAAGUCACUGUACAGUUGUCAUCAAGUUUAAUUUGUGACAAUUUUCCCGAAAAGAAAAAGAAAGUUAAUUUUCAGUAAAUGUAAAGUAUAUGAUA